CAUGUGUAGCAGAAUAAACAUUUUAUUAAUCAGGCAUUUCAAUAUUAAUAACAAAUGAGACCAAUUUGAAUUCUCGUAAUUAAUUAUCUUUCAGUAGCUCUCAUGUACAAUGAAGUUAUUAAAGUUAAAUUAAUUAAUCAUCUAUGCCAUCGUCAUAUUUAAAUAUUUUUCUAUUCGGUGAGGCGUAGAUAACAAUCAUAGACGGGAGGCGUUUCCAGUUCUGUUUACACUUGUGUAUAAUACAAUUUAGAAAACUUUGCUGUUGGUGUUUACAUUCCGAUACUUCCGUCAUGAAUACUUACGAUUUUUCCAUCAUGAAUUCUCAAAGAUUAGAUAAAUGCAAUGGAUAUUUCCCUGUUCUAAAUUGGAAACUGGUAUCCAUUUCCAUUUUUAAUAAUAUCAUGUAGAAUCUAGUGUGCCGAAGAGGAUCUUAGUUAAUGGCCUAAAUAUGCAUUAUGAAAUUGCAAGCAGUCAACCUAAAGAAGUAAUUUUAAAUGAUGCAAAUAAAAUUUCUCAUACAAAAUCAUCAGAUAAAAAUGGACUUGAUACAACUUCAUCUUGUACUUCAAAUGAAGAAGGCAUUGGUGUCCUGGAGGUACCAGAACUGAGUGAGAAAGAUUCUGUGCCAUGUGGAGAUUCACUAUCGAUAUGGAAAGCAACCUCCAGAAGGUGUUCCAGCGAUGGAGCAUUGAAAGCAAUGCAGGGAAAUUUAGUGCCAAAGCCAGAAAGAGGUAACAGUUUCUCUGACUCAGAUGAAAAAACUGCAGCACUGAAAGCAAAGAUAAAUGAAAAGUAUCAACAGCUAGAACAAGAAAUGGCAGCAAAAGCUUGCGCAAAUGGACUGACUUUGUCAACUAACUCACCGUCAUCUCAAGCUGUGUUAGAAUUAGGAGAUAAAACAGCUGCUCUACUGUCUCCAGAUCCAAGGAUGGUACCACCCGAAGACACUUGUGUUUUUACAAGUGGUGGACCAGCUGGUGUACUUUGUGAGUUGAAAACUACAGAAGAUCCUCUGCCUGGAAGAAAUUCUUUAAUGGCUGAAGUUAAAGAAUUGGCAUAUUCUCGACUGCAGCAAGAACUUCAAAAGGCUCAACUAGAGUUAAAGCUGAAAGAUGAAGAAGUGGUUAGAUUAAGCCAAAUUCGGGAUGAGGUUGGUGCGGAAUUAGAGGAAUUGACAGCAAGUUUAUUUGAAGAAGCAAAUAAUAUGGUGCGAGAGGCAAAUGUGAAACAAGCUUAUGCAGAAAAGAUGCUGAAGGAAGCAAAUUUAAAAAUUGAAGUUCUCCAAGCUGAAGUACAAGCACUGAAGACUCUAGUUAUAACAUCUACACCAAGCAUGCCAAAUCCUCAUUUGCAUCCACAAAUUGACAAACGCCAUAAUGGAGUCAGAUCCCUAUUCACACCAGGCCAUAAAAGAUCACCUAGUAAUUAUGAGCUAUGUUCUUAUAAAGAAACACCUCCAGGGUCACCAACCAAAGAAUCAGACCUUUCAGCAUUUAGUCCUGAUAAUUAUGAAGUUGAUCCAGUGUUUCAUCAAGAGUUCUUAGAAUGGCAUCAAAGUCCAACUUUGGACAAAAAUACACCUUUCUUAUCAAAUAUCUACAAAGAAGAUAUUUUACCUUGUUUGCAUUUUACAAACAGUAAGCUGUCGCAAGCUGUUUUGUCUGCCAUAGAAGAAAAUGCCAUAACUAUUGAACUGGUAAAUGGAAAGAAUCCUUUUCCAAAAAGGUGUGCAUUGUUAGAAGCUCCUAGGCUUUGCAAAUAUCGUAUGAAGUUGGGCGAUAAUCCAGAAUGGCAUUACAUUUCUCAUUUGUGCCGAAAUAGGAUAGCAGCUGUGUGCGAUUUCUUUUGUUAUAUCAGGUACAUCCAGCAAGGACUUGUAAAGAGUGGGAUACAUGAAAUAUAUUGGGAAGUGAUAAGGAGACGUAGAGAUGUGUCUUUAGCCAGACUUGGGAUUUUGACCUUAUGAAUGAAGGUUGUGUAUUUUUAACAAAACAGAUAUAUGUAGAGCUGUUAUUCUAAUUAUGAUGGACAGUAUUCUGCAGAGUGAACCAACAAAAAAAUAAAUAAUUUAAAAUCUCUUAUUAAAUUUACAUUAUCUUAUUAAAUAUAUAACAAGUGAUACAAGGUUUAAUUUAGUAUUAAUAUUUUAAAUAAAAUAAAUGUAAAUAGCAGUAUGGAUGAAACAGAAUGUUUUUAUUUUAAGAAGAUUUUUUUUAAUAUAGUUGACUAUGCAUAUCUUUUUUAAAUGCAUAUGAUAAUAUCAAAUUGCUUUUCGUACAAUUGUUAUUCUAGUCUAUAAGUUCACGAACUAUAAUUAGUGAAGCAUUAUGCUUGCUAUGCAUUUAGUAUUUAGUUAUUCAAAACUGCAUUAGUAAAAUUCAACAGAAAUAUUUUUUUUUUUUAUUAUUGUUACGAUUAAGAAAUUGUAUUUGUUUGGAGUAUGUAAAUUUAAUCUUUCCUGAAAAAUACAAAUAUGAGUUCAGUUUUAGAUCUUAUAUUUCAUCAUUCCAAUAUCAAAUUUUAAAAUUACUUUCUUUAUAUAAAUUUAAAAAUAUUUGCUGAACGCUUUCCUCAGUAAUUAUUUGCCAAAUGUUCUGUACUGCUCAUAUAAUGUGGUAUAUUUUGUUGUAGUCAUUAAAGUAAAAUUCAAAACUGAUGUAUAUCAUUAAAAAAAAUUCUGGUGAUGUGUUGGUUUAUGAAUAUUUGUUAAAUGCAUUGCAGCUAAAGAAGCUAUUUAAAUUUCCCUUUUGUUUAUAAUUUAUGUUGUAUGUUACUGAGAGUGGAGUGCUAUAUUUUUAUACAAUAUAUGUUGUAAUAUAUAUUUAGCUUUUUGUUUUCUUUUAAAUCUUCCUCUACCUUUAAAAAAAAAAAAAAAAAAAAAAAAAAAGUGAUCAAUAAGAAAUGAGGUAUUUGCUCUGUCAUGCACUAUGUGUUUAAUAGAGCACUGUUUGGGGAAUUUUAAAAAUGUUAUUCUUAUUCCUUUAUAUAUUUUCUUUAUAACAAUCUGAAGCUUAAAUUUUAUAAGUUCAUGUUUGCAUAAAUUUUGAUUGACUGCUAAUUGGUAUUACGAAAGUAUGCCUCAGAUCUUUCUGUAGUAGCAUUUUACUUGUUUUUUAGGUAAAAUGUAAAAUUUUAAACUAAAAACAUUGCUUUUAAGUGUAACCACAUUAAGACCAAUAACAGUGAUUUAAAGAAUGUAGAAAUUAAAACAAGGCUUCACUGAUUGCUAAAUAGAAAAAAGUGUAACUGUAAACAAAAGGUUGUGAAACAAAAGUUUGUUUUUUUCUUUAGAACUUUCUAAAGAACUGUGAAUUCUCAAACUGUAUAUAAUACAUCUAGAUAGGCAGAAAUUUCUCUUAAAGCUGUUAAUUGAAAAUUGUUUUCAAGGAAGCUUAUAGACUUUUCUAUACUUUUUAAUGAAGCAUACUUGGAAUUUAUUGAUAGAAUUGUAACUGCAUUUAUUUAAAUAGUUGCCAGUCAUAAACAUGUAAACUACCAAGACAUAUUAAAUAAUAUUUAAAAUUGAAUUAAUUUGUCAUAGUCUUAUUAAAAGUUCAGCAUUUGAGAAUUAUUUAUUUUAUACAGGUAGAGGAAGUUAUGUGCUGGCCACAUUAGAAUUUUUGUAUAGUAUUGAAUAAUGCUAUGCAGCCUAAAAAAGUUGUUUGUAAUAUUUUUAUUUUCUGAAACAAAUGUUAGACAUGUAAACAUUUGCUCUUAUUUGCAAAAUGUUUGACUAAUACCUGCUCAUAAUUUUGACAUGAUUGCUGUGGAUUACUUAUAGUUAAAUAGCUCAAAAGUAUAUUCCUGUAGGUGAUUUGCGAAAUACUAUAAAAAUGUUGAAGAAUUGCUUUUAAUCAAUGUGGAAAAUUAGACUAGAAUUGUUUGUAUGUCUAACAAAAGUUCAAUUCAUUAUAUAGAAGUAAGUUUGUUGUUUUAGGUAUGCAGUUAUAAAUUAUUGAAAGAAUAUUUAUAUAAAAUUGUGAUUGGUUGCACAAAAUUGGAGGAUGUGUAAAUAAAGACCAAUUUAGACAAAUAUUUUUAAAUAUAUUAAAAUUAUUUUUAAAGGCUGUUUGAUAAGUAGGGUAACCAAAAUAGAAAAUAAAAAUUAUCCUGCUAUAAUGGCUGGAGUUCUUUGAUAAUUUCUUCUUGUUUUACUUCAUUAUGCAAACAACUUCCCUGCUUCUUUCAUGUUCAUUCAACCACUUUUAAACCCUUUGGUCAGUGGUUUUAACUGAGAAUUCAAUCUAACUUGAGCUAAAUUAACUAUUCCAUUAGCAGUUCCUCCCUUUCAAAAAGUAGAAUUUUUUUACUAUAGCUUAACAAUGCCAAGUUCUCUUUGAAAAAUGAUUCAAGAAAUCAGAGCUAAUUAAAAUGAUAGAAGAAAUGACUACUAUUUCUAUUUUGUGUACCUUACUUGUUGUAAAGCAUUUAUGUCAUUUUAAUUACUGUUUUUAGGUAUUCUAAAGGCAUUUUAUUUAUUUAGUGUUGUUUUUACAUGUAUUAAAAUCAUAGGGCUUACCUGAACUUAGAUUUGUGAUAUCUUUUUUACUCUUUUUCAUUUUUUGGAAUAUUUAUAGGUAUAUCAAAUCAUUAUAUUUUGAAGAAAUAAGUGUUCUUAUAACACUACUAAACUAGUUGCAAAAAUUUUAAAGAAUCGAAAAAUAAUUUUAUCAUUUUUUAACACUGCACACUGCAGUUGUGAGUUAAAGUUUCAUUCAGUCGAUAUAAGAAGGAAGAAAGCCUACCUCAUUUUUUUUCCUCCCUGAUUAAAAAAUUUCUUGAUUAUCUUCAAAAUACUAGAAUGUCUGUGUUAAAGCAGCUUCAGGUAAGCAAGCUGAAUACAUUUUGUGUAAUGAGCAUUUUGUUGGAUUCCAUUCCAUUCUGACUUGGUCAUGAUUCUGAAUUAUAUUUUUCUCUCCCUGAAUGAUAUAUUUCUGGCUAGAGGCUAAAAUGGCUGUAAUAUAUAUAUGCAUAUAUUAAGUAGUUUGGGGAUUAUCUGCUAGGAAUACUGAAUGGUUUCCGUAAUUAUUUGCCAAAUAUUCUGUCCUGCUUAUAGUGUAUUUUGUGUUGUAGUCAUAAAAGUAAAAUUCAAAACUAAUAUGUGUCAUUAGAAAACUCUGGAGAUGUGUUGGUGUAAAUUGUAAAUACAUAAGUUAUUAAAUAUUAAUUUUUAUGAAAAGAUUCAUUAAAAUUCAAGAAUUGUCUAUUGAAAGGGGAAAAAUCAUAAAAAGUAAUAUUUGGGCAAAAUUACAAUGGGAGGUCCCGUUAUAAAAGUGCAAUAAAAAUAAAAAGAAGAGCAAUUAUUGUUAUUAAAUGGAGAAUUAUUGACUUUUCAAGGGGAACAAAUCAGUUUCCAAUGAAUUCACAAUAAUUAAUAGGAGCAAAUGUGUUUUAUUAUGCAAGAACUAAUAAUCAAAACCAAAUCAUGUCGAAAAAUUUUUUUCAAUGUUGAAAAAAAUUAUCAUUGUGUAAAUCAAAAAUAAAACUUAAAUAAUAAAGAUAAAAUAAUAAAAGUAAUAAAGAUUAAAUUUUUAUUGCAUAAAAAGACCAUUCCCAACACAUUCACUGUUUCACAUAAUUAAAAUAAUUUCAAAUAAAAGUUGGAAAAAGUCCAGAAACAAAAGAAAUAUAAAAAGGGGUAUAACAAAUAAUAAUAAACCUAAAUUUUCUAAUUUUACUAAAAUGAAUAAAAAAAUCAUCUUUAUAAAAAGAGUCUUUUAUUUUCUUGCAAACGUAAUACAUGAAAAUGGCCAAAAAUGAAGUAGAUAAUUCAAAAAUGCUUAAUAAAUACAUUCAUAUUUACUUAGCUGCUUUUGUGCAAAUUUUAGGCAUUUUAAGUCUAAAAGUAACAUUUUCAUUAAUUUUAUGUACAUAUAUAUAAAGUAAGAAAUUUAGAACUAAUUUUUCACGAAGCCCAAAAAUUGAAAUUCAUAAGUAAUAAAUUUAAAAUAAUCCUACAAAUGCA